CUAACCGAAGGAAAAGGCUGCAUGACAUGCCGCUCGAAGCAUGUUCGUUGCGAUGAGAAACAGCCAAAUUGUACUCGUUGCAGCCGUCUUAGCCUUAUCUGCUCCUGGUCAACACCCCCAACGUCGGCAAGUCAAGUGCAACACGGCCCUCAAGAGCUUCGAAAUCUUCCGCUCGAAGUGUCUACUAUGAGUUUAAGCCCCGCCAUGGAGUCCCCAUUGUACUGCUCCACCCGAAUCGGAGACUUCCCAGAGCGAUGCGGACUCGAUGAGUGGUGGCCCGGCUGGGACAUGGACGAUGGACUCUUACCAUGCAACUUCAUGGCGUCUCCUAACAGUUCAAUUAGCGAUAUUUAUCCACAAGGGCUAGCCUCGUGUCUCAACAUCGAGAACUUCGAACGAAUCUUCGCAAGCAGUGGAAGCGACAACUUACAGUCUAUGAGGAACAUGCCCGGCCUUCUGCUGCAUCCUUCUGCUUCAUUAUCCGACCAUCACGUCACGCUACCAAACUCGUUGACCCUCACUGCUCCUGAGCAUAAAGCUUUGAGGCACUAUCAGACCACGUAUUCGCUAUAUCGAACGACAAAAGACCCUAACUGGUCCACCCACAAGGUGCUUUUGAGUCUUGGGUCUUACAAUCCCAUGAUCAUGCACUUCCUGCUCGCGGUGUCCAUCAACGACUAUUCCCUCCGGAAGGGCCAGAACUCGUCCCAGGAAGCAGAAAACCACUUUCAAGCGGGGGCUGGACUUUUAAUUGAAAUGAUGAAACUUGGCAUGGAAGAUGACCACGUUACCACCAUGGCGGCAUACUUCUUCAUUUACCUCUACAUGUCAAAGAGGAAGUCUACCGCACCACAUCGGCUAAGCCAGCUCAGCUUGACUGUGUUGGACUACGUGGAGAGGCACGAGCUUAACACUCGUUGCGUAGCUUUCUUCGAUAGCUCGACGACUCUGGUCACUAAUUCCACCAAAACCAACAAUAGCCUUCUGGCACGACUCAUUAUGUGGACCUUUGACGAGGAUGUCAAAUGCAGCUUUCAAAGUACUGGGGGACAUCUAGCACGACAUCUCACCAAACACAGUGCCAGAACUAAAGAUGUUUACGAUGCAUCACGCAAUGCCCUCGCAACCCACUGGGGAGCGGAGUAUCCGAAUUCCCAGCAGCUCGACGACGACGUGAACUCGACAGUACUCGAAUUCUUGUGGGCGUUGAUGCCGUUAUGGCAGGAUAUCAACGAUCUAUCUCACGAACACGACCCCAACUCGUUGGAAUCGCGGUCACGUAUUGAGCAAACCUUCCUCUAUUUGGAACAGAAAUACUCCUCCGUUUUCCGCCUCUCGGCCGACGCAGGGACUAAACCUCGUCCACGAGUACUCGUCAAUGCCGAUUUCGAUGUCGUGCUCUUCAGUGCGCUACAAAUCUACUACUUUCGAUCUAUUCUCUCGGACCUAAGCAUGGAGACGCCACCAGAUAUCCAGAGUGCCCUCAAGACGCUCUUGACCAUAAUCCAACGGACGUUUGCUUCACGAGGCACAGAACUCCACGACAGAUUACAAUGGCCACUCUUUCUCGCUGGAAUCGAAACUGAUGAUGCUAUCUACAAGGACUGGAUCUUUUCUAGACUCACGAGUGAGCGAGUGGCUACAGCCUUGCAACGGACUGUGGAUGCUCAAGCAUUAUCGGGCAAGCGGUUUAGGAUGGCUGAGAUACGACAGAUGCUUUAUGAUACUGAGGAUUUGAGUUUGCCUGGGAGUAGCACGGGUUUUUUGAAUACUAUUUAGGAGCUUUGAGUGGGACACCCAAUUUCAAUGAGAGACGAGAUAUGAUAGCGCC